AUGGCAUACACUUCUCACCUGUCUUCAAAAACUGGUCUACAUUUCGGUAGACUUUCUUUAAGAAGUUUAACAGCUUACGCUCCGAAUUUAAUGUUAUGGGGCGGAGCCAGCAUGCUUGGUUUAUUUGUGUUCACAGAAGGAUGGCCUAAGUUUCAAGAUACUUUAUACAAAAAGAUCCCAUUGUUAGGAUCUACAUUAGAGGAUCAUACUCCACCAGAAGAUAAACCUAAUUAA